AUGUCCUCCGCAUCUUCCACCACCUUCAGGCCGUUCAACCUCGCGCUCAUCCAGCUCGGGCAGAUCACCGCCGACAAACCCACCAACUUACAGCAUGCUCGGACCAUGGUCCUGAAGGCCGCUGCGGGCGGUGACGACCCAAAGACGAAGCCAGACUUGAUCGUGCUCCCCGAAGUAUUCAACUCGCCCUACGGCGCACAACACUUCCCCGUCUACGCAGAGCCCGUAGACUUCGUUCCCGGCCAGCCGUACGAUCCCGCUGCGUCCCCCAGCGACUCGGUGCGGAUGCUCUCUGCUGUGGCGAAGGAGACGGGUGUGUGGCUCAUCGGCGGGUCGAUCCCGGAACGCGGCGCGGACAACAAGCUGUACAACACCACGACUGUGUACUCGCCCCAAGGCGAGCUCGUCGCGGUGCACCGCAAAGUGCAUCUGUUCGACAUCGACAUCCCGGGCAAGAUCACGUUCAAGGCAUGUCCGCCCCCGGCCCUGUCGGGCCUUACUGACGAUGCGCACUUUGCCCGCAUCGGCCUCGGCAUCUGCUAUGACGUCCGCUUCCCUGAGCUGGCGGCGAUCAAUGCGCGACAAGGCUGCCAAGUCCUCAUAUACCCCGGCGCAUUCAACCUCACGACCGGUCCGCUGCACUGGGAGCUCCUCCAGCGCGCACGCGCGGUCGACAACCAGGUGUACUUUGCGAUGUGCAGCCCCGCUCGGGACCUGACUGCCGGAUACCACGCGUGGGGCCAUUCGAUGGUCGUCGACCCAAUGGGCAAGGUCGUCGCGGGCACUACGCAGGACGAGGACAUCGUUUACGCGCGCAUCGACCCGCAGACGUUCCACGACGCGCGUGCGGGCAUCCCCGUGACGACGCAGCGGCGGUUCGAUGUCUACCCGGACGUCAGCGCAGGGCUCUAG